CACCCUCACAGCCCUCGACGAUGGCCAGCAGCGAGCAGACGGCCGUGCCCAACGAGCUUCUGCGCAGCUUCGCGCUCGAGCGCGUGCUGGAUCAAGAUCCACGUGCGCGCACCGCAUCGCUGCUCGGCCAGCUCGAGGGCGAGCAGGUCGUGCUGCUGCUCGAGAAGACGCACUUCAGUGAAGCCUUUCUGCAGCAGCCGACCUUCGCCUCGCUGUCGUCGCUCGGCGCCAACGAUGUGUACAACUGGCUGCUCGGCUGGCAGCCUGACGGCGGCGAUCCGCAUGUCAAGAUGACGCUGAUCCGGCCAGCGACCCAGGCACACAUUGAGAAGUACACGGCGCAGAAGCGCUUCAUGGUGACGGAGUCGCCCGAGGUCUACGCUUCAGUGGUAGAGCCGUGGCUCAAGGCCCAGCCGCUGGCGCGGAUACAAUGGGUCUACAACAUUCUCGAGAAGAAGAAGGAGGCCGAGUCGAUUCUCUACGAGGACGCCGACAGCGAGAGCGGCUUCAUCGUGGUGCCGGACCUGAAGUGGGACCGGCGGACGCUGUCGUCGCUCUACCUCGUGGCCAUCGUGCACAACCGAGCGCUGCGCUCGCUCCGUGAUCUCACGAAGGAGCACGUCGGCCUGCUGCGCAAGAUCCAGAGGCAGGCUCUGCAAGUGGCGCAGGACAAGUUUGGGCUGGCACAAGGCGGCCUGCGGUGCUUCCUGCACUACCAGCCGACGUACUACCAUCUGCACGUCCACAUUCUCGCGGCAGACUACACCUCUCACCCUGGCGCCAUCGUUGGCGGCGCGCACCUGCUCGACGAUGUCAUCGACCUGCUCCAGCUGGGCGUCGACUUCAGAUCGCGGACGCUGACCUACUCGCUCGGGGAGCGGAGCGAGCUCCUCGGCGUGCUGCGCCAGGCAGGACACGUCUAGCAGAUGCUCAGUAUACCACCAGCCGGGAGAAUGGCAUAGGUUGCGAGAAGCACGAGC